UAAACAAAAUAUCUACAAAAGACCAUUCAUAGGCAAAACAUGGAAUAUGACAAUAUUUUAAGGAAGAUCGGUGAGUUUGGACCGUUUCAGAAGAAAGUGUUUUUCAUCCUGAACAGUCUAUCGUUUUUUCAAUGUUGUCAAAUGUUUCUAUUGGUGUUCGUGGGGGACAAGCCACGUUGGCGUUGCUCAAAUGUGGCGAUUAAACCAUAUCUCGACAAGAACCUGGAAUAUCCUUGUUUAAAAAACGGCUCUGCCUGCCGCGAAAUCAGCUUUGAUGGCGAGUUUACAAGCGUGGUUUCGGAAUGGGAUUUGGUUUGCGAUCAGGAGUACAAAGCCAACAUCGCUCAGUCAGUUAUGAUGCUGGGCUGUUUGAUUGGUGUUAUUACAGCCGGUCGACUAUCAGACAGGAUUGGCAGACGAUAUGUUACCAUUUAUUCACAGUUGUUAGCUUUUGCUUUGGGAGUAGUUACCGCGUUUGUCCAAAAUUAUACGCAAUUCCUUUUCGUUCGUUUCCUUUGUGGCCUAGUUGUCGUUGGCGGGAACCUGUCUUGCUUUGUCAUUCAAAGCGAAAUUAUUGGACCGUCAUACCGAGGUGAGCUUUGAAAGAAUACGUCAUUACUUCCUGGACA